CGACAAGCUCCUGGACCAGACGCUCCAGUACCCGAAGCAGUUCGCUCAGGUGCCGACACUGCAGGCAACCACGCCGCUGACGAUCACGUUUGACGCGCUGGAUACGGCCAAGAAGCCGGUGGAGCUCGACCAGGCGUUCGUCAGCUUCCAGCACAGCACCACGGGCGACGAGUUUGCGUUCCCGGCGAAAAUGUCCAAGACCGGCAGCUACAAGAUGGACAUCAGCCGGAAGCUCUUCCGCACACACCUGGACGGGUCGCCGGGCGAGUACAAGAUUGCGCUGGUCCUGGGGUCGUUCGAGCACGGUGGGCUGUUCUAUCCGCUGGGCAAUGUCAAGGUGGGCGGCAAGCGCACGGCAGAUCAUAGGGUCGUGUAUGGUGCCCAGCCCGAGAUCCACCACCAGUUUGCACAGCCGCAGAAGAUGCCCAAUACUGUGGUAUCGCUGGCGUUUGCGGGGCUGACAGGAGCGCCGCUGCUGCUGCUGCUGGGCGUGUGGGCGAGGCUGGGCGUGAAUGCGAACAAUCUGAGCAAGGAGCCGGUUGGAUCAGCGGUGUUCCUGGGGCUGGUGGCGGCGUACAUGGGGCCUAGGCAGUGGCCUACUGGGUGGGCGUCAAGCUAUUCCCGACGCUAACGUACGCUAUUGUGCUGGCGCUGCCGACGUACCUGGCGGGACAGUACACGUUGUCAAGGCGGAUUGAGAAGAAAAUUUGAGCAGUUUCUGAAU